AUGUCGUCGACGUUAGUGACUGUGAAUGAAUAUGAAGCAAGGGCGUAUGAAAUUUUACCCCAAAAUGCAAGAGAUUAUUAUAAGAGUGGAGCUGGGGAUGAACAUACGUUGAGUUUGAACAAGGAAGCUUUUAGAAGGUUGCGUAUUCGUCCAAGGUUUUUAGUUCCAGUGUCAAAUCGUGAUAUGUCUGUGGAAAUUUUCGGCGAUCGUGUUAAAAUACCUUUUGGAAUAUCCCCGACAGCCAUGCAAAAAAUGGCCCAUGCUGAUGGAGAAUGUGCAAACGCUAGAGGUUUGGGGUCAGAUGAGAAAUUAGAUUCACCAGACGAUACUUGCCCAUCCGACCACCAAUACAUAUAUCAUGGUGGCAAAGAAGGAACAGUAACUUGGACUGUGGAUUUCAGCUACAUUCCUUUUCAGGAUAUGGGCAUAAAUGCAAGUCAAUUUGCAGUUUGCGACGUAUCAGCAGAAACUUUACACAUAUUGGAUUUGCCAAUAUGCCAACAAAUUAAAAGCAUUAUGUUACUUACGACGAAUGACUCGUAA